AUGGCUGAGAGUUGUUACUACGAGCAUUAUCGAGAUUGGAAUCGCCCACCGAAGGGAGGCUUCUUUCCAGGCUUCAGUCCUCAAUUUCCCGUUCAAGGAGCUAAACCAGAAUGGAAGCCGGUUUAUGCUCCCCAUGCGAAAGACGACUGCGAGAACGAGAAGGACAUAAAGCCGGAAGAAGAGGGAAUCCAGUUUCAAGCGAAAAUCGAGCAAGAAGAAGCGAUUCAAAAAUUCAACUACCAGCGUCGACGAAAUCACAAAAUCGUUCGAUGCGUGAUCAUGGCGGCCAUGUCGAUCGGAUUCGGAUUUGGAAUCUUUUUCGUGCUCCUCCGACUCUUCCGAGCUCGGCGGCGACGAAGAGCUCUUCUUGUGGCUGCCGAAGUUGCUGAUAAGACUGAAAAGCAGCCACUCAUCAUCGCAUAA